AAUGGCUUAAUCUCUGAACCUUUGUUGGUAAACAGACUUGUUGUUGACAGUACAGACCCCCAGCCUCAAUUGCAGAGUAACUGGACGGUGCAGGGGUGUAUAAUGCUCUCCAUGAAUGUAUCCCUGGUUCUACCCCUGGAAUCAAACCUUACUGAGACACUGCAGAUUGAUCCGUCCAGGACAGAUGUGAAGGCUUCCGGAAAUUGCUCUUCCGGAAAUAAUACUCAGAUGUUAAUAUUGACUUGGACAGACGUGAAUAAAAUCAACGCAUCUCUACCCUUGAAACGAAGCAUGAUGUUUACAAUAACAGCAAAUACAACGGAAGAAAUCUACGGAAUUUCAAUGAUAUCUGGAAUGGCUGACGUAUAUACUAGGAAUAAUAAGACUAAUACAACAGUGGAACAAGUUUUAGAAUUUUCUCACAUUUUCUCACCCAGACUUUUCCUCACAAAAAUCAACAACAGUUACAGCUGUCUGACUUCAGAGGACUUCUCAAUAGAAGUAAAGGAAGAGACAACAACAACAGCUCAUUCAACAACCAAGACGACACCAACAACCACUAAAACAACUCCAACAACAACUAAAACAACACCAACAACCACUAAAACAACACCAACAACCACUGUAACCACACCAACGACCACUGUAACGACACCCACAACCACUGUAACGACACCCACAACCACUGUAACCACACCCACAACCACUGUAACCACACCCACAACCACUGUAACGACACCCACAACCACUGUAAUCACACCCACAACCACUGAAACCACACCCACAACCACUGCAACCACACCCACAACCACUGUAACUACACCAACGACCACAGUAACCACACCCACAACCACUGAAACCACACCAACAACUACAGAAACAGCCAAAUCUAACCAAUCAAGGUUUGUGAGGUCUGUCAAUAAUGACGACGUAACAACUACCGUUAACGUAACAACAACUGUAAAUCCAACAACAGUUAAUGUUUCAACAACCACAAAACCAACAACGGUUAACGUAACAACAACAGCCAAGAUGACGACCGUAAAGCCGCCUGUUUCAAGAAAUCUGACCUUAUCCUUCAAGAAUAUCAAAUUUGAUGCUUUCCGUGUAAAUUCAACAAAACCAGAAGAAUUUCAGGCUCCCUGUGACUGUGCUGCUGACGCUCCUGUGAAUGAUAUUAUUCCUAUUGUUGUCGGAGCAGUUCUAGCUGGACUGAUUGUUAUCACUUUGGUGGCAUAUCUUAUCGGAAGGAAAUAUAACCAAGGGAGAGAGUACACAAAUAUGGAAUAGAUUGCAGAUGCUCAAAUAUGAAAUAUUUAUUAAUAUUUAACAUAUAAAUAUCUAAUUUAGCAAAUGGUAGAAACAUUUCUCUACAUAAAACUUGUUUUUGUUUUAAUAUUACAUUUUUUUUUAUUGAUUCUAGUUUGAUUAAUUGUUUUUUCUAAAUUAUAAAAAAUCCCAGAAUAAGGAAAAUUCUUAAUUUGAUUAUUUUACUAAACGGUAACAUUUCUGUGAUAAAAUUGUGGUUUUCGAAAGAAAAAUUAUCGUUAUUAUACGUUCAGAAACCGGUUUGAAAAAUGUUGUACAGUAAGGACCAAAAAAGUGGUCGUCUUCUUUCUUUCUUUAAAUCAAAAGCUAAAUUAAAAAAAUGCUGAUUUUCCCAUUAAGUUUCUCAGCGGUUUAAAAGAUUUAAAAUUUUGUCCAAAAAUAAGAUUAGAUAAAGAAAAAA